GCCAUCACCAAGAAGGUCGGAUCCGAUUGGAAAUAGACAAGAAGGCUCUUUUCGGCUUGGCUCUUCCUUUUUAGGGUUCCGAUUGCGGGCGACGAGAUUGAUGAGGUCGGUUCUCCCUCCUUCGUUCCGUGUUCUAGGUUUUUGUGAAUUCUUCACGUCUUUCAUAGAAAAUCGAUAUCUCCUCUGCUCGUUAAAGCUGUCUUGUUUCGGCCUGCCCGGUUGCCCUAGAAAUUCUGAGAAAAACUGUACAAAUGCCUCGAUACAAGUCGUCACUUUCCAGUUCUAGAAGACUUUGAUUUGGGUGCCAUUACUGGUCGCUGGAUGAUUACGGUGUCGAGGGUCGAAUUCUCUGGCUCCGGCGACUUUCCCCAUCGUGCAACUCGUGUGAAGGAGUCUAAGCUCAAAAUAUUGAGCUUGAAGGGUCCCUGUUAUGGAAAGGUGUCCGCACUUCAUUCAAGCAUUGAGAUGUGUUGGCUUGUUGCCAUUGAGAAGGGUUGUGGAAUCCAAUCAUGCUUAAAUGUCCCUUCUCGGACCAUAGAUGGACCAUAAGUGGUUUUGCAGGCAAGACUUGGAACCACGGGCGACAUGGAGAUAAAAUAUGGAGACUACAUCUGGAGUUGUUUUGGUUUCAAGGACACAACAAUUGGAGGAAGAUGGUUGUUUGUGCUAGAUAUAUGACUCGUCUGUAAUAAGCUUGUAUGUUCCCUUUUCCUUGGAUUCUUUAUGGUAGUUGCAUGUCUGAAGAACUCAGUCAGACGAAUUUAUGUACAGUUGCUGCUAAUAAAGAAGGCCCUAAGCUCUUUUUCUCAUAUAGUAUAUUGGCUAUUAACUGUUCUGUGUACUGCAUCAGGCAAGGUCCCAUAUCUUGAAGGGUCCCAAUUCUGCAAAUGUGGCUGCAUAUUUUUAUAAGUGAGAGGUAUGGCAUGCAAAAGAGUAUUGGGCAUGCUAACAGAUGUCUAAGAGGCUGCAUAAGAAUAGGUACAUUGCGUAGGAAGGUCGAUUUAUCUGUCUGUAAACUUUAACGAGCAGGGAAUGGCUAUUAGCCGGUCUUUUGUGAUUCUGUGGAGGGUCGAUUUAUCUGUCCGUAAACUUUAACGAGCAGGGAAUGGAUAAUAGCUGGUCCUUUGUGAUUCUUUGAAGGAUCGAUUUAUCUAUCCUUCGUGAUUAGUCAGGUUCUGUCAAAAUCUAAAGCGAUGGCUUUCUUUAAAUAUAUUAAGUACAAUGGUUGAUGG